AUGCAUCCCCAAGACAUUCCUCCAUUCACCCUUACGCUGCUUUUUGAAGUUGCUAUUGGCAAUGCAUUCGUCGUUCCCACACCAGGAAUACCUCCGUCAAGCCUUCCAGAGAUCUCCAAGCAGAACACCGAUGUAAUCGACGAAAGCCAACCACCUGUGGCUGUCCCGACACCCACGGUCAACUACCCUGGUGGUGUCCCGGUUCGAGUCCGACAUGGAACCACCCACCUUGCCGGUAGAAAGCAAGAUGCUGCACGCAAGGAAGAUAGCAGCAGACACGGUACGGACAACGAGAACACGCAGCAAGCCAAGGAGGAGAAGCAUGGAGGCACGAGAAUACACCGUCGAGAUGUAGCAGGAAUGGCAACGCCGGGAUUUGCCAUCCUCGUCGCAUUUGCGAUCCUCGUCGCAUUUGCGGGUAUUGCCUAUUUUUGUUCACGUGGUUCACGAUCGCCCAAUGUAUAA